ACCAGUUACCUCCACCAAAUAGCAUAUCAUCCAAGAUCUCUAAUUCGCGCCUGUUCAAAAAAACCCUAGAACCCAAACAGUGACUGAACCCUAAACAAGCUUUUAGUUUUAACGGAGCAGCAAAAAGAAGAGAGCCGAAUUAGGGUUUCGGAAAAAUGGUGCCGGGGCUAAGGUUCUUCACGGAGAGAAUCAGCGACGGCGCCGGAGAACCACGCCUCGACGCUGAUAACGGCGAGGAACUCAUGCACGUCCAGCCCUGCGUCUCCCUUGUUCUCGGCAACCACCCUCCUGAGUCCCAUGGCACUCUCUACAUCUCCACCAAGCAAGUGAUGUGGUUAAGCGAUGUGGACCGGGCGAAAGGUUAUGCAGUUGAUUUUUUGUCGGUGUCGCUUCAUGCUGUGUCGAGGGACCCGGAGGCCUAUUCAUCUCCUUGUAUAUAUGCUCAGAUUGAUACUGAAGCUGAGGACAAUGAUAUGGAUGGCUCAGAUUCAGAAUGUAGUGAAACAUUAGACUUAUCAAAGAUCAAGGAGAUGAGGAUUGUGCCAUCAGACCCUAGUCAAUUGGACACACUGUUUGAGAUAUUCUGCAGAUGCGCUGAGCUAAAUCCUGAGCCCAUUGAGGAGGAAGAAGAAGAGCAUAAUUGGAUUUUUAGUGCUGAUCAAAUGGAACAUGAGGACUUGGAUGGAGAUGACUCUGAAUGGCAUCUCUCUCAAAAUCCUACGAGUUCAAUUGGAUAUUCAAACGGGGAUGACCUUGCUCGAAAUGUGCUUGAGCUUCAAAUCAAUGAUCACCGGUUUGAGGAUGCUGAGGAGAUGGAUAAGGACAGUGACAGUGGCCACCAGUGAGCUUUUCAUUUUCUUCUCAUCUCAGCUACAAAAUAUUCAACCUAUGUUACUACUUCCUCUAUAUCACUCUCUUCUUGUAUAUGUGAACAAUCGUCCUAACUCCAUCACUUAGUGUGAGUUGAAAUAAUUUUUAAAAUUUUAAAGAUAUUUUAUCCUUUUAGCCUUUUAAUUUGUGUCAUUUGACUUCAAAUGGGGAAGGUAAACCACACAUUUAUUUGCAAUUCUGAUAUGCCACCACUGAAACUAAUACUAAUUUUUGAAAUAUUAAUUCUACUUAAAUUCAUUGCUUUAACAUUUUUUUCAUUGCA